UACAUACAUACUCGUACAAGAAAGCUGGGUAUGGCUAACCUACCACAGGACGAGGAAGUACAGCCUGCAUAUGACCUUGAGAGGAAUGGCCUUCAGCGUGAAGAACAUGUAGCAAAAGCAGGGAGAUAUUACAGCCUCGAUCAGAGGGAGAAAGUGAAAUUCGAGGCUUUGUUGAAAGGCUACCUAAAACCAUCUGGAAUUGGAUCUGAAGUGUUUUUGAAAAAUCUCAUCUGCUUCUCUCGUUACGAAACACGUUGUCCGCCUCCACGUCGUUACGUGCAAGAGAGUACACUUCUUGUGAAAGAAGUGUGCAUAUUCAUGGCGGAUCCCUUCAUGUCAUACAUGCAAAAACAUUUUGUACAUGUACCGCUAUCAUUGUCUCUUUUGCUUGGUGCAGGACGCGGAGGUCGUAUGACAGUACCGGAAUUUCAACGCGACCUUCAGCGAAUCCAUUCUGGUAUGUUUCCAGUUCUCCACGCUUUGGCAGACUAAGGCCAUGCAGACUCUUUGCCAUCUCAAGUUCCGAUCCCGACUGACUCUUGGGGUGACCACAUCUUUCCCACGCAGGCCCAUCUCUCUGGAACAAUCUUCCUCUUCUCCUUCGCCAAGCUUCCUCCGCUAGUUCUUUCAAACAAUUACUCAAAACAUAUCUGUUCACGGUGGUCUUUGUAGAUACAUGUUUCAAUGUUUUAUAUCUUAUGAUCAGAACUAUAUUUCAUCUUGGGUAUUCACAUGUAACACACUACGCACUGAUUGUAAACGUAUGCAUGCACGUAUCACUAUACUAUGUUCGUCUAGUUGUCUAUUAUUUACUAAAUAGUAGAGCUCUCAAAAGUGCUCUUUAAUAAUUGUUUAAAAAACAAAACAAUUUCUUGUUCGAGAAUGGAACAUAAUGGGCUGAUAUCCCUAAAAAAUUAUAUUGAGUUUAAAAUUUGCAAUGAUGUUGUAUGUAGGCUACUCUGAUCUAAUUAUUUUGUUGGUGUACAUGAUUGUAUAUGCCUUUGCUAUUUCAGCAAUUGUCUAUGUUUAAAGUGUCUAUAUGCAUGCUUCUUGUUGAUCAAACUUUUUAAAAUAAAUCUGUAACCCCCCCCCCCCUCCCCCUCAAAUAUAGAUUAUGUUGAGUUUUACAACAUUCCCUCAAUGAGAGUGACAAUGGUUACAUAAUUUGCCAUUAAAAAAAAAGAAACAAAUAAUUAGAGUUCUAUAUGACAUAAUUGCUUAUACUGAAAAAUAAAAUGUUCUUGGAAUGAUUUUGUUAAUUGAUUUUGAAAAAGCAUUCGAUACUGUUUCUCACCACUUUUUGUAUAAAACACUUUCCUUUUUUAACUUUGGUAGUUCGUUCAUAAAGUGGAUAAAGAUAUUGCGUAGUGAUGCAUACUCUAGUGUUAUGGUUAAUGGGCAAAUAACUUCUAGAUUUCGUGUAGGAAGGGGAUGUAGGCAAGGGAUCCAAAUUCUCCAUACUUGUUUUUGUUGUGCGCCGAAAUUCUUGGGUUGUUAAUUUGCAAUUCACACUCUGUGAAGUGAAUUUCUGUCGGUUCAAAGGAAUUUAAGAUCCUUCAGUAUGCUGAUGACACAAUAUUGUUUAUUGAUGGCACAGCUGCUAGUUUCUGUAAUGCACUACAUGUUUUGGACUUAUUUGGAAAUUGUAGUGGGCUGAAGAUCAAUAUCCAAAAAACAAACACAAUUUGGAUUGGGGCCUCAAAAUGUAAUGAAGAUAUAGAAUUAGAAGGAAGACAAGUGAAUUAUGUACAUAAUGAUUUUUUUUGUUAUCUUGGUGCUGACUGUCAUGUUGUUAUUGACAAAAUACCAGAUUAUAACUAUGAUAGAAUUUUUGACAAAGUAAAACACCAGAUGAUUUCUUGGAUCAAAAGGAACAUAACGGUUCUUGGUAGAGUUACAGUUGCUAAAUCAUUACUGUUACCACAGUUUAAUCAUCUGUUUAUGGCAAUCCCAGAUCCUUCAGCUAAGUUAAUGAAAACCAUAAAAGUUAAGUUCUUUAACUUUAUAAGAAAGAAUAAGCCAGAUAAAAUUAGUAGGAAACAGGUUGUUGGCACAUAUGAAGAAGGGGGACUUAAAAUGCCAGAUAUUGAGUUUUUUUAAGAUGUCACUAAAGUUAACAUAGCUUCGAAGAAUGGUUUUAGGAACAUGUAAAGAUGUUAAUCAUUUAAUGCAAUCGUUUUUAACAAAACCAUUUGUAGUAGGGUUUGGUGAUGAAUAUUUUUUGGCAUUGUCUCAUGAAGUUGCUAAUCCUUUUUGGAGACAUGUGUUUCACGCUCUGUUUAUGUUGAGUCUUAUAAUAGAGGGAGAUGAUUGGUUAACUUAUCCGUUGUGGAGAAAUAGCUCAAUAAAAAUUGGGAAAAAAAUCUGUAUUUUUUAAAUCUUGGUAUGAAAAAGGCAUGAGAUGUAUAAAUGAUUUGAUUGAUGAUAAGGGAAAACUGACUCGUGAACAAUGUGAACAAAAAUUCUGCUUGAAACUAAAUUAUUUGUCUUAUUAUUCUGUAACUCAAGCUAUAAAGUGUCGAUAUCAAAUGCAUAUUGAAAAAUGUAGUAGAUCCUCUAAUGGUGUUAGAUAUCAAAAUAUUAGUACAUGACAUUAAAGGCUGUCAAUAUAUUUACAAAACUUUUCUGGGAAAAACAAAUUGUGUGAACUCAAUAUGUCUGAAAUGGGAACGACAUUUAGAUUAUACCCCUGAAUGUCUAAGAAUGCAGAAAUAUCAUAGAAUGAUAUUUCGUUUUACUCCAGUUAUCGGUUUGAGAUAUUUUCAGUGUAAGAUAGUAAAUAGAAUUUUGUAUUUGAACAAGCAACUGUAUAAGAUGAAAUCGUGAGUAAGGAUAAAUUUUCGUUUUGUAAAAAA